AUGCAGGCUGCAAAAAGGGUGCUACGGUACAUCAAAGGCACACUGGAUUAUGGAAUUCUAUUUCCUGGAGGAAGAAAGAAGACUGCAAUGGAGAUAACAGGCUACACAAAUUCAGAUUAUGGUGGUGAUCAAAUUGAGAGGAAAAGCACCUCUGGAUAUAUCUUCAUGUUGAAUGGUGCUCCUAUUUCCUGGUGCUCUAACAAACAACCGGUGGUGACUGUCUCAAGAUGUGAAACUGAGUAUAUAGAUAAGAGUUUUUCUACUUGUCAAGGUGUUUGGAUUAAGGAGUUGAUGAAAGAAUUGAAGGUGCCUAUGGAGAAGCCAAUACAGUUGAAGAUUGAUAAUGUUUCAGCAAUGAAUUUGGCCAAGAAUUCUGUUAGCCAUGGAAGGAGUAAACAUAAAAAAGUUAAAUUUCACUUUCUAAGGGACAUGGUGAAUUAG